AUGGCUCUUCCAGUGAAUUACAAACAGGUUGCUGUUCCUAUUCCAAGUCCUCAAUCAUCGAACCAUUUGCUGUCAGCAGCCGCUCCAAUGACUUUCAACAUAUUGAAAGAACGAUUGCGAGCUUCUGGAGGAUCUGGUUCUAGUUCUAAUAAAGAAACUAAUCCAUUUAUAUCAACUCCAAAUGGUCAUUCUGGAUUUAUACCCCAAAAGAUUGGAAAAAAUGCCACAAAGAGUGAUUCGAAAACCCCUAAACCCCCGAAAGCACCGGAAAAGCCUCUCAUGCCGUAUAUGAGAUAUAGCCGGAAAGUGUGGGAUGCUGUGAAGGCUCAAAAUUCAGAUCUGAAGUUAUGGGAAAUCGGAAAAAUAAUUGGGCAGAUGUGGAGAGAUCUUCCUGAAGAGGACAAAAAUGAGUUUUUGGAAGAAUAUGAAACAGAGAAGGUUGAAUAUGAGAAAACUCUGAAGACAUAUCACACUUCUCCUGCAUACCUUGCAUUCAUCGCCGCUAGGACAAAAGGGAAAGCUGGUACGCAAGGUACUGAUGGAGAUACUCAUGAACGGCAAAGUAGUUCAUCCAAACAGACUGCUGCCGAUAGACGGAUUGAUAUUCAACCAGCUGAAGAUGAAGAUGAUCAAGACGACGGGUACUCGGUGAAGCACGUAGCGUACGCUCGCUACCUGAGGAACCACCGUCUGAUCAACGAAAUCUUCUCGGAAUCCGUGGUGCCUGACGUCAGAUCUGUCGUGACCACCGGCCGAAUGCAGGUGCUCAAACGGCAGGUGCAAUCUCUGACGAUGCACCAGAAGAAGCUCGAGGCCGAGUUGCAGCAGAUCGAAGAGAAGUUCGAGGCGAAGAAGAGCAGGUUCGUGGAGAGCAGCGAACAGUUCCAGGAGGAACUGAAGAAGCAUUGUAAACCAGCAGUUGACGAUGAAACAUUCCAGAAAAUAGUUGAACGGCAAUAUGAGAUACUGAAGAAGGACAAAAAUAAGGGUCAAGAGGAAACCAAGUCCAAAAUGGAGGAAAACGGAGAAAACGAACCCACUCCUACGGCCAUGGAGACGGAAGAAAAUGGCGAUACAAAUCCAGAUCUACAGUACAGUGUGUGA